UCCGCCAGACCGCGGAGCGCGCCGGGCCUCCCGCUUCCCCGCGCACGCCGCGCCAGCUCGCGCCACACGCGCCAGCCGCGCCGCGCCGCCGCGCAGACUAACACCGUCGCGAGUGCACUAUGACACUGGUGAGCUAGCGGGCCGCUGUGACGGUGUACCGCCAUAUAUGUGUAUGUGUUCUGGUGCUUGUGUGUGGUGUAAGCGGCCGUGAGCGACAAGCCUUCGUGGUGGCCAGCGGAGCCUUGCACCCGGGCUCGGGCCGAGCUUACAUGGCUCAGCCUAGGUACGACGAAAGCCUCCACGGCGGGGGCUACAUGGAGGGUGGCGCGAUGUAUCAUGAGCAUCGGCUGACGCACCCCCACCUUCCCCCCGUGCACUACCCCCCGCCCGCGGCGCCGGCGCACGCGCUGCCCGGCGAGCCGCUCGUCCACAAGCGCGACAAGGACGCCAUAUACGGACACCCGCUGUUCCCCCUGCUGGCUCUCAUUUUCGAGAAGUGUGAGCUGGCGACCUGCACGCCCAGGGACCCUGGAGUGGCGGGCGGGGAUGUCUGCUCCUCGGAGUCUUUUAACGAGGACAUUGCUGUCUUCAGUAAACAGAUACGUCAAGAAAAACCAUAUUACAUAGCGGACCCCGAGGUCGACUCAUUAAUGGUGCAAGCGAUACAAGUACUACGGUUUCACCUAUUAGAAUUAGAAAAAGUGCACGAGCUGUGCGACAACUUCUGCCACCGCUACAUCAGCUGCCUGAAGGGCAAGAUGCCGAUCGAUCUGGUGAUCGACGAGCGGGAGUCCGCGCGGCCGCCCGACGCCAACGGCGAGCCCCGCUCCGCGCCCGACAGCAGCCACGACGGCGCCUCCACGCCCGACGUUCGGCCGCCCUCGUCGUCGCUGUCGUACGGAGGCGCCGUGAACGACGACGUGCGCUCGCCCGGCUCCGGCGGCACGCCCGGCCCACUCAGCCAGCCACCGCCGCAGACGCUCGACGCCACAGAUCCAGAUGCGAUGGGCAAAUGGUGCCCGUCGCGACGUGAGUGGUCGUCCCCGCCCGACGUAACGCGGCGGGUGUACUCCUCAGUAUUCCUGGGCAGUCCGGGCGACGCGAGUAACGCGAGUAUCGGCUCAGGGGAGGGGCGGGGGGAGGAAGACGACGACACCAACGGCAAGAAGAACCAAAGAAGGGGCAUCUUCCCGAAGGUUGCCACCAACAUCCUACGGGCGUGGCUGUUCCAGCAUUUAACGCAUCCGUACCCCUCGGAAGACCAAAAGAAACAAUUAGCACAGGACACAGGGUUGACGAUACUACAAGUAAAUAAUUGGUUUAUCAAUGCGAGACGUAGGAUAGUGCAGCCAAUGAUCGACCAGUCAAAUAGAGCAGUGUUCUACCCGUCAGUGUUCCCGCACGCGGGCCCCAGCGGCGCGUACAGCCCCGAGGCGACCAUGGGGUACAUGAUGGACGGCCAGCAGAUGAUGCACAGGCCGCCCACAGACCCCGCCUUCCACCAGGGCUACGCGCAUUACCCCGCCGAGUACUACGGCCAUCAUCUCUAAUGCAUUCUACUUGUUUGUACAUAUAUGAAUAACAGUGACAUCGCUGGGGCUCAGCCGGAGACGGCCGCGGCCACGCUACCCAACACGAGACAUGAGGGCUCCCGAGCACGAGCGACUCGCGAGCAGCGCGCGGCGCCCGGGCGCGAACCGCGCGACUCCCGCGCAAUACACGCACGACACCCGCGCGACACCCGCGCGAGCGCCGCGCACCUCGCCACACACAGGAGAACGAUGCUAACGUGUACAUAAUGAAGUAACGCGAUACAUUUUGUAAUAUUUGAAACAGUAUACGAUCUCCUAAAUUAAGGUUUAAAGUCAACUUUAAUGUUAAAAAAAAUUUAAAGUGUAAAUGUAAACGUGAAGUGAACACGGACGCUGUAUAAUAAAUGGUGCAAUCACCUAAUAUAAAUAAUUUAAUGAGAAAAAAAUGUAAUAAAAAGGUAAAAAUACGCGGUUUUAUCACUCGGAACAAUAGGAGCAGACUCGAUGAAUGUUACAAUAAUGUGGUUUGAUAGUUAUCGUAUAAAUAUUUAUAGCUAAUUGUGUAUUGUUAUUACGUAAAUAUAAAUAAAUAAUUGAUUAGUUGUAAGUUGUAACUAUCAACGGAAGUACUUGGGUCGUCGACAGAAAGGUAAAUAUGGGACAUUAUCAUUUUGUAAAGGCGUUGUGUAUUAAUAGAUUUUAGUUAUAUUUGAACAUGAUUUUGUUAGCGGAGGGAGGCCGGAGCGAGCGCGGCCGGACCGACCGCUGGACAGUCGACGCAGCCGUCAGUUCGGACUGACGGUCGGCGCGCCAGUCCGGCUCGCUCGUCCGCGCCGCUCCCACAUCCACUCGCGUUGUAAAUUACUUACGUUUCGAAAGUGUUGCGCUCUGUUACCUAAGUACUAAUUUAUUCAAUUUUAACCAAUCAAGCUCAAAUUGUACUUCUAAAACUAAUGUCAAUUUUCUAUUUCACGCAUUAGAGACAACGCAGUCGUUUCAGUUAACAGAUAACGUACAUAUCUUUGAAUUUAUAUAUUUAUUAUACAUAUAUAUAUGUAAAAAGUGAUGAUAUUGCGUAUGGAAUAUCAUUGACUCUCUCACCUUGCCUUGGUGUAUUAUACUAUAGCACAAUGUAACCAAUGUAUACGAACACGAAAUUAUAUUUUACAAUGUUAAAAUAAAAAUGAGAUUUUUAGCUCUAUAUUUUGUCUUGAUGGAUGAUACCUGAUGUUAAUUGCCUUCUAUGUUACCAGGAGACCAUAAACUGCUGCGGAUUGAAAAGAUCGACGAACGUCAAUACGUCAACAAACAUGUCAGUUUGGUUUGAGCGCGUUGAGUGGGAUUUAUUUGGAUUCGCGAUUAACGUCAGCACUGACGGCGCGUCAACGAGCGAUCGAUCUUUUUAAUCUGUGGUCACGAUUCGCAUAAUUAUAAUACAUGAAAAUCGUGUGAUAUUUCACGACUGAAAAUAGUGUCUUUUCGUCGUCACAUUAAUUUAGUUUCGUGGUCCGAACUACUUGUUUUCUAUGUAAUUACGAGUUUGUACUCGGUCGUGAGUAGCGUGGAAACAUUUGGUACUUUUUAAAUUUUGUAAAGGAAUUUGAAGAGUGCUGCUGUUUCUGGUCGUUCACGGAACUCUAAAUUGUAUUGGACCACGAAACGGCUGUACUGUGAGUGAUUGUUACAAUUGAAAUUCGAAUACAAGGCGUGUAUACAAUCCUUUUCCCCAGACCUUUACUAAUAUGUAAAUACUUUAAUCGAGUAACUACUUUUGUGUCUCUUUUACCCUUAAGCAAUUUACGUGAGAAAGAAAAGAAACUUUCCUACAACAGUAUAAAAUCUAAUACCCAUGUUUAUCUGUAAACAGGAUAUUCCUAUAUAUAAAUAAACAGGAUAUUUCAGUAGGAUAAUAUUCCAAUUUUGAAUGAUUAAAAAGAUACAAUUUAUUGAAUAUCUUCAUUAAAUCAAUAUUUACUAUUCAAGCUUAAUCCAUUACAGAAUAUUCGAGAAGCUACACUAACGACCGAACACAAAGAAUAAUAAUAAACACAAAGAAUAUUAAAGACAAUAAAAACGGACGCCGCGUGUCAAAGCGUAGUAACUCAAAAUCAUCUCACAGUACAGUUUAGUAUUUGUAAAAUAUAACCAUUUGUAAGUAAUGCGAUGCAUUACAGCCUUAGCAUGUAUACGAGAGGGAGCUAUAUAUAUCGUCAGAGAACUUUGAUAGCAAAUAUAAGUUAUCCGAAACAAGCUUUAUACUAGGGUAAUCGACACAGUAACUUCUUGUGUAACGUUUGUGAGGCGGUUGUUUUACGUAAUCUCUUAAAAAAUGAGUUAAUUAACUAAAAUUUUACCAUCUAAAAACACAGCAGAACGUAUAUGUAUUACACAAAUGUUCAAUUUUAAUAUUAGAAUUUCGUUGUUGGAUAAAAUUAUUAAGAACAGCCGCGUCACAACCUGCCAUCUUAAUGAAAGUUUGUUAGCUUUUGUAAAUAAUCAUCUAUAACAUUUCUCGAGAACAAAUGCACAGUUUUUAGUAUAAAUCUUUGUUUUUAUGAAAUACAGUGUAAAGAAUUAUUGUAUCCUGAUUUAGUUUUAUUCUAUCAGACUUGAUAGAGUCCAGCACAAAUACGCACAAUUCUGCCACAUAACAAUAAAAAGCUUUAACAAAACCCUUAUACUAGAAAGAUAUCAACAAUGGUUAACUUAAAAAAGUGACUUGACCAUCAUUGUCUCAACAUUAAAUCUAUUGGUAAACAGCAAGACCGUCUCAAUGAGCCCUAGUUUAAUUUAGCUUUGUAAAA